UCAUUACAGAAAUCAUUUACAAUAAAUGAAUAUUAAAACAAAUUAGGAUACAACAAGAUUAUAAGUUAUCAAAGCAAAGAUGGCACAAAAUAAAGGCUCUGCCAGCCAUCAACGGAUUGAAGAUGAGUUUUAUAAAGUCAUGAAAUCGUUUAGCAAUAACAGUGAAUGGAAGGAGUUUGCUCGCAGCAGAACGAGGGGGUUGAAUUUAACUGAAUAUCAAAUCGAUGACAUCAGAGCGGACUAUAUUCACGAUGUGAAAGAACAGAAAUAUCAAAUGCUAUCGCUAUGGCAAAGAAGAAAUGGGCGUAAAGCCACUCCUGAAAAUCUUCACAAAUUGGUGGAUAGCUUUCGAAGGUAUUUAUCUCAGCCGCCAGAGCAAAAUACAAAUUCGAGAGAGCCUGAGCCUGCGACGCACGACGUUGGACACAGAAACCCUACCCAUAGCGGUAACUCUGUCUGUGACUCUAUGAAAGAGCACCCAUCUCAAUCUGGCGCAAAUAAUAUCGAACCAAUGGACAUUGAUCAGGAAUCUUUGAGAAGUAUACCUAUCCAUGGUGAGGCAAGCAUGCCUCAUGCAUUUUCAUCCUUACAAGACAGCAAUCAGCAAACGUUUACUGAGCCUGGGCAACCACCGGCAAAUCAAAGCGGAAAUCAGAAUUGUGUGCACCUGAACCAAGGCACACCGAAUUUUAGAGCAAGCAUGCAGGUAAACACCCCUAGUACACCUGGGAGAACAACUUCUUCAUUUGAAAUGGAAAGUAGUGCACUAAACAACAGCCCAUCUAGCAAUAGGGGCAAUCCUGACUUGACAAAUCCUAAAGAACUCGGGACCAGCACAACAAAUCGCAUUCGCACCACAGAAUAUGAAACUAUUGAAAAUAAAGCAUCACCUAUCCCAAACUUGACAAAACAACUUCAAGGACUUGGAGGGUUCAUGAAUAAUGUUCAAAUCAAUGUUGUCGGUAAAAAUGCAGUCGGAAUCCAAACUAAUUAUUAUUUUGGUGGGAAGAAAGUUGAAACUAAACGCCCGAAGAAGCCGGUACUACCAGAAACAGCAGAAUACUGUGCUGCAGUUGGGGAGAUCGAUAUAAAACCCGCAGAUGACGAAGACUAUGAUCAACAUUUGGAGCAGCAGAAUAUCAUCUACAAGAUAAGUCACAGGCCAAAAGGCACUGUGUUGAUCUUAAACAAUUCUUUUCAAGGACAACCAGACGAAAGACAUGGCUCUGAUUUGGAUAGGCGAAAUAUGGAACUUCUUUGGGACAAACUGGGCUGCAAGGUGUUUUCAAGAACAGAUAUAACAGCUGCGGAAAGUAUCCAAACUUUUCGGAAUUUUGUUAAAUCGCCGGCAGCUUGCUCGAGCGAUUUUGUGGCUGUGGUAAUCAUGUCGCAUGGCGAUCAACUUAAUGGUGACGAUGUCUUUUAUGGAUUUGAUAGAGCCCCGGUGAAGGUGAAAGAUGUGUUGGAGAUUUUCAAUAACAAGAACGCUGCAAGGUUACAGGGAAUACCGAAGCUAUUCUUUUUUCAGUUCUGCAGAGGAGGUAAUGUAGAUAUGGGAUCUGAGCAUAUGGAGCGUGUAGAUAUACCAGCUGAAAAUCUAUUUAACUCGCUCGAAGCUACAGUACGUCAAAGUAGCGGUGUGCCUCCAUCUGGUGAUGCAUCAGAUAGCCACGGUAUUCAAAAUUCGAAACAACCCACGAUGUCAGACACGAUGGUCUCAUUUGCAACGCAAGCUGGAUUUAAAGCGUUUCGUCACCAACGAGAUGGAAGCUGGUACAUAAAUGCUAUUAUUAACGUGUUUAUGCGCCAUUCUCAUGAUCAACACUUGGUGGAGCUAAUGACAAUCGUAAAUAACGCAGUUUCCAGUAAAACUGCAAUCAACACUGAGGAUCGAUCAGUGCAUGAAGGCAAAGAAAUGAGUGAUUUUACAUCUACCCUAAAAAAGAAACUUUUCUUCUUUCCCGGCUUCCCCAAAGAUAUCGAAGCUGAAUUCAUAUAAUUAUUAGCAGUUCCUGUGUAUAGAGAUGUCCAACGAAUGUGAAUAAAACUAUAUUCAUGAUUAUUGCUAUUCCAAGCUGAUCUUUAAGAAUUUGGUUAAGUGGUAUUACUGCAUUUUUUCUGAAAAAUCCAUACAGUGAAUUUUGGGAGGAACGAAUUAUUUCCAGACUCAUGUGGUCUUCACGGGCAUUAUUAUUAUGUCAUCAAUAUCCAUUAUCAUGAAUCUACAUCAGUGUAAUUUUUUGUUGGGUGUAAAGCUACUUAAUUAAAAAUAAAAAUAUUUGUUGGAUUUGAUCUUGCCUGCCUUAUUUGUUUACGUUCCAUCAACUUAACAUUAGAAUAAAACAUACAUGAACACUCGUUUUGGAUAAAACAUCUUUUAUUUGUAUUGUUAUCUAUUUUUUUUGAGGUGGGGCGCGAGACUUGACAAAUUCUAAAAAGGCUUAAAAAGUUUAAGGACCACUGAUUUACAUUGAUUACUUUUCUUGCUUACCCAUAUCUUGUGUGACUUUUAGGCAGGCUCUGUAUAGCAAAAACUAAAGCCUACACUCUCAUGUAUUGAAAUGUAUCUUAUUGUAUUAUCACCAUGCUUACUUUAAUGGCUCUUAUUUCAUUUCUAUUAAUUUUGCUUUGUUGGAUUGAAUUGUUCCAUUUUUACUGUUUUAUUCUUCAAUUACCAAUAUAUUUUAGUGGUUAUAUGAUUGAAAUGAUUUAAAUUUUACGUUUCAUUGAAAUUCUUUUUUGUCAUAGCGAUGUCAUGUUCAAACGAAAUAACUAUAAAUUCCAGAAUAGAACUGUAUGAUUAACAAUUUAUAAUAUUAAAAUGAAAUAUCUUUUUCGUAUUAGCUCCCCCAACUUUUAUGAGGUUUGCAACUCAGAGGCAUUUUUAUUGAUAAUGUUUAAUCAUUUUUCGAUAUUUUAUGAUCACUGACUAUUUCUGUUUUUACGUCUAG